CUGUCCUGCUCUUCCAGAGCGGGCAGAGAGAGCAGGGAGCGAGAGAAAGAGAGCGAGAGUGGCUAUCUUCAAAAAGGGAGGGGAACGCUGAACCUGGAAGCUGAAAAGUUUUCCCACAAGUCUGUAAACAAGAAUCAAAGCUGUGGGAAUUAAAACCGAGUCCGGCGACACAACUUUCCUGCACGUAAUAAGAGCCUAAAAAACAGCUUCAGGAUGGGAGAAGAUGCAGUACAGGCAGAGAGGAGCAGCAUGGCCAGCGUGCAUGAGAGUCAGGAGCUGGUGGUGCCCACCCCCAGCCCGACUCAACCUUCGCCCAGUCACAGCCUGUCCCAGCUGAGCACCGCCAACGCACCGGCCGGAGAGCCCAGCAGUCCCGGAGGCGAGGCCACCGCGGGCACUCUGAAAGACAGUGCCUCGACCCCGGGCCCGGUGAACGCCAUCACGGUGCUGACCCUUCUGGAUAAGCUGGUGAACAUGCUGGACACGGUGCAAGAGAACCAGCACAAGAUGGAGACGCGACAGGUCGAGAUCGAGGGGGCGGUGAGGGGCAUCCAGAACGACAUGACCAAGCUGUCCAAGAGUCACACCACCACCUCCAACACGGUCAGCAAACUGCUGGAGAAGAGCCGCAAGGUGAGCGUCCACAUGAAGGAGGUGAAGGACAAGAUGGAUAAGCAGGCCAUGCAGGUGAAGAAGCUGGAGGUCAACCACGCUCACCUGCUCAAGAGGAACAACUUCAAAGUGCUCAUCUUCCAGGAGGAAAACGAGAUCCCUUCAAGCGUCUUUGUGAAGGAACCUGAACCGAUGCCUGAACUAGAAGAGGAGGAGAACGCAUCCGUCGAUCCCAACCGUUCUCAAGAAGACGGCCUCCACACCAUCGCCCUCUCCUCGGACGAGGAGCAGGGACAAGAGGACGACGAAGACGAAGUUCUGAGGGUUUUGAACAUGGAAGACGAGGUCAGAACUGAAAAAUCUCGAACGGAGAAGAUCAAGCGCUCCAGUCUGAAGAAAGUGGAUAGUCUGAAGAAGGCCUUCUCCAGGCAGAACAUCGAGAAGAAGAUGAACAAGUUCGGCACCAAGAUCGUGUCACAGGAGCAGCGGGAGAAAAUCAAGAAGAGCCUGACGCCCAACCACCAGAAGAACCCGAGUGCCAAAAGCUCCUCCUUCAAGGUCUCUCCGCUCACCUUCAACAUCAAGAAAGUCCGCGGCGGAGACGCUGAACCGGAGGGUGAAGCCUCGGCUCAAUCCGAGGGCUCGCCGAGCGCCGUCGCCUCCAUCGAGUUAGCCCCGAUCGACAGCCCCACAGAAGACCUGCCCUUCCAAGAGGUUCACUCUCAGCUCGCGCCGGGUCCAGAGGAGGUCAAAGCGGCGGUCGAGGCGAUGGAGAAGGAAGAGCUGCCCGGCAUCCUGAACGGAACGGCUGAGGUCGAGCUGUCCAUCACGGAAGAUGUCAGCCAGGAGUACGCUCUUUCCGCCACGCUGCCCCAGGACGCAUCCCACCAUGCUUUGCAGGAAGAAAACGAAGACGAGGAGGAGGAAAAGGAACGACUGGAGAGUGAAGAAAGCCCUCUAGCAGCAGCUCCAGGCCAAGCCGAGGGUGUUGCUGUAGGCCAAGCGUCCUAAUGCCCUAACCCUUCAUUCCGGCCGUGACGUCCUUCUAAGAUGAGAAAACACUCGUUCCCUUAUCAGUGCCAGCCAUUCCAUCACAAUCCCCCAAAGUCUGGAGACAUCUGCCCUGGCUGAGUAUCCUCUUUGCAGAGGCCGACUUCUGCUGUAUUACACCAUCUAUUAGUGCGCAAAACAUUCAUGACAUUUCUUUAAACAGUCCAGUUAGUCAGAGUUCUUUACAGCUCGUGAAAGCGGGCAGUUCAACCUAUCCGCCGCAGACUGGUCACACCUGUUGACCUUACCGUCAGCCGAAAAAAGGUGGCAAUGGAAAAUCAAACGCUCAAAGCCGAAUGAGUCAAUAACUGCCAAGUGCCUCCGUCUACCCCAUGGUCACGCUUUGACCGUCGGCCCAGAUCUCAACCCACAACUGAACAGCCUGUACACAGAUGAAAGUGAUAUCGACUUCAUGCAACCUAGAUUAUCCGCAAGCUUGGUAUUGUCUGUUCGAUGUAAUGUUGUUUACAACCUAAACAGCAAAUGUAUCAGAAAUGUGUAUGUAAUCAUGCUAAAAAUACUGUGAACCCUUGUUUACAGAAACAAAAGAAUGUUCGCUCAGAAGAAUAUUGUUCGUAAACUACAUAUACAUGCAGAUAUGUGUAAUAUGCAUCAAUAUUCUGUAUUCGGGUUGUUUCAGAUCCAGUUUACGCAGGGGAUCCUCGUAUUCCCGAGCGCCACAUGUCUCGGACCGUAAUCAAAAAACAUUCCUGCUUUUGAUAUGUGGCUCUUUGCAGAGACCGUUUCUAAUGCUCCUGUUGGGUAAAACAAGCCUUCAGGCACCGAGGGGUCGGUCUAGAUUACAGACAUAUUUCUGAAAGUGAUGAAACAGACUUUCAUCCCGGCUGGAUGCAAAUAUGGCCGCAGAGACGUGAACAAAAAAAGGAAACGUCAUGUUUUAAAAUGUAAGGGUAGAGAUUAGGGGCAAAAAGGAGAAAUAUCUGUGCCACUCACUAUCAUGCACACCACAAAAUAAUGUUAUCUGAUUUCAUGAUCAACAUCAUUACAGUGUUUUCAUGACCAUUUUAAAAAAUAUGUUUUUUUUAUGUUUGUGAUGUGAAUUUGUCUACAAUAUGUGAGUAGUCUGAGCAUUUUCAUUUCAAUAUUCCAAUGCUGAACAAAAAGUGUGUAUCUUUGCUUUGGGUGGAUGGAUCUUUGACAUGUGACAAGGGUUUUGCUUCUUUUUGAGUCUUUGAAAAAACUCACUGUUUCUCAUGCUUGUAACCUUUCAUCUGUAUUUGCAUAUCUUAUUUUAAUCCCAUCGAUGACUUCAUAAUAUAUAUGAGAGAGCUAUAUGUUGUCUUGAUUUACAUUUAUUAGAGGAAACUACGACUCAUGCCAAAGAAAAGGCUUUGUUAUAGCAAACACUUCAUGUUUCUGUGACACUUGUUAUUGAAGCACGCUGUUAAAAUUGUUCUUAUAAUACAAAAAUAAAGAUUUUAAACCCUUUCUUUUCA